GACGUUAUGCUUACUCCACUCACACUGGCAGCUGGAGAGAGGGAAGACGUAAUGGUUUGAUUCCUUGUGCGCUGGUUAUGGUCGUCGCUGUGACAUUACUCGGCAAAUUCCUCGAACGGGAGGAGAAAUGAAGGCGGGGGCGUCGUCCAUGUGGGCGUCAUGUUGCGGGCUGCUGAACGAGGUGAUGGGCACGGGAACGGUGCGGACACAGCAGCCGGGCUUCGGAGCGGGGGCGGGGCCCUUUCGCUUUGCCCCCAGCGCGGGGUACUCCACCUACCCCCCCACCAGCUCAGGGAGCGCCGGGCAGCUCUGCAAGGCCUGCGGACUGGCCUUCUCCGUCUUAAGACGCAAGCACAUCUGCUGCGACUGUAAGAAGAGUUUCUGCGCCCUUUGCUCGGUGCUGCAGGAGAACCUGCGCUGCUGCACGACCUGCCACCUGCUGCGCGGCACGGCCUUCCAGCGGCCCCGCCUCAUGCAGCUGCGGGUCAAAGACCUGCGGCAGUACCUGCUGCUGCGCAACAUCCCCACCGACACGUGCAGGGAGAAGGAGGACCUGGUCGACCUGGUGCUCUGCCACCAGGGGACGCGGGAGACCCCCAGACCCGUGAUGGAGGAGGACGAGGAGGAGGAAGAUGAGGACGACGACGACACGUGCGGCGAUGAGGAUGAAGACGACGGGGAAGAAGACACGGACAGUCUGCACUCGCUCCCCCACUCGCGUGCCGCGUCGCCGCCCUCCGCCACGCGCUCCGCCUCCGAACAGUCGGUCCUGUCGGCCUCCCAGGGGGACGUGCUCAGCCCGAGUGACAGUUCAGGGACCCCCAGCCAGGAGCACGAGGGUACUCCAACAGCAUCCCUUUUGAACCUGGAGCCCGCUGAAAACAUCUUAGAGGUCAGCCCGGCAACGCAGAGGAGAAUCAGGGCCUCGCUGUCUGACCUCGACACAGAGGAGGCCAUAGAGAACCUCUCCGUGCGGCAGCUGAAAGAGAUCCUCGCCAGGAACUUUGUCAAUUACUCCGGCUGCUGCGAGAAGUGGGAGCUGCUGGAUCGAGUGCAUCGGCUCUACAGGGAGAACGAGCAGAACAGGAAAUCCAUGGAAAACGUGAGCAUAACUGCAGUGGUCGCAUAUCCUCCGUCCCUUUGCAACAGUGGAGUUGGAGAUGGUGUCCGAGCUCAGCUGGCGGCGGACGAAAACCUCUGUCGCAUCUGCAUGGACGCCAUCAUCGACUGCGUGCUGCUCGAGUGCGGCCACAUGGUGACCUGCACCAAGUGCGGCAAGAGGAUGAGCGAGUGCCCCAUCUGCAGGCAGUACGUGGUGCGGGCAGUGCAUGUCUUCAAAUCCUAAAACUCGUCCCGGUUUCCGCGGGCGUCGGACCGUGCGUGGCCCUGAACCAGGCGCUGAGGAGGAACCGCCGUGUGCGUGACGUCUCACGGGGGGCCUGAUGCUGCAACAAUUGUGAGACUUUCUUCAGACUAGACUGUUGCCUCCGGCCCAACAACGUUUCCCCCCCCCCCCCCCCCUCCCUCCCUUCGUCCCAACUUGUCCAACUUGUCCUCCGGCUGCACCAGGUCUCCCACUCUGCGCAGCGGACACCAUCACGACUCUCUGCUUUAAAUCCGUACUUGCAGGAUAGAAGAGGAGGCGGUCCUGUGGACAUUUUGAGAGGGUCCGCCUGUCGAUUGUGGUGAUAGAUUUGAGAUCCCAGGGUUAGAGUCGAUAUGGUUUACACUGUCAUGCCACAUGACACUGUGUGAUCUCCCUCAGUGUUCAUUAGGAUGUGCAAUAUCAGAGAAAAAGGUGUGUGCGUGCGUGUGUGUCUGUUUUUAGGGAAACAUCAGCCACUUCAUCCAUCACACACAGGGGGAGGGGGGGCGUGUAAGGGUGCCAAACAACGUGGAUGAUUUGGUUAAGAUCUCACAGUAUGCAUCUCAUAACCAGCAAGCUUGGUUUAAUAGUUUACUUUUGUUCUUUUUCAGAACAGCUUUAGAAAAACAAAGUGUGUACACAUGUUCCUGAUAAUGAGGGGAAACAAGAUUUAUUCUGAUAAGAAAGAAAAAAAAAUCUGAAGCUUUAUCUGGACCACGUUUCCAGUCGCUUAUUUGUCAAGAACAUGAUUUUAUCACGUAAAUUUUAGAGCACUGUGUAAUUUACCGUUCUUCUCCUGGAGGAAAAAAAGAAAAAAAAAACCCUGACAGAAUUACACUCUGAGGUUAGAUCCUGCUGUAAUCUACAGUGCCUUGCUAAAAUAUCCAUAUCCCUGAAACUUUUGUUUUUCUACGUUUUAUUCUGAUGUGACUGCAAGUCUCAAUGUAUAUUUCAAAAGAGAUUUUAGGCGACAGGCAAACGUCAAAGUAGCACUAUCAGUGGAAAGUGGACAGAAAAUGAUCGGAUAUCUGAAUCGUCUGGUCACUUCCUGGAGAACCUGCAGUGAUCCAGAAUGACGAUUAUUAGUCGUUCGCUCCACAAAUCUGGCUUUAGAAGAGGUUUAUCAAGGAAAGAAAUGUUGUUAAAACACAAACGUGGCCCAGAUGCACAUGGAAGAAGAUGCCCCGGUCAAAUGACACCAAAACAAAAGCCUUUUUGGCCGGCAUGCAAGAGGGGUGCAUGUGGAGGAAGGCUAACAGUGCUCAUCAUCCUGAACAAUAUCCUCACAGUGAAACGUGGCGGUGGCCGUAUAACGCUAGGAGGCUGCUUUUCUUCUGCAUCGUAAGGAAAGCUGGGCCAAUAGUUGACGGGAAUACCGGGACAAAAAAAAAAGUUAGAGGCUUUAAAGGACUUGAGACUGGAGCAGAGAUUCACCCUCAAGCGGAACAACAACUGUUAAUAUUGAGCCAACGCCACAGUGAAAUAAUUCAGGUCAAAACAUAGUUACUCUGACCUGAAUCCAAUUAGAAAUCUGACUUGAAGGCAAGGCAAGUUUAUUUAUAACGCACUUUUCAGUAACAAGACGAUUCAAAGUGCUGAAAGAAAAUUAAUAUGCAAGAAUGCUCUACAGAGUCCAGACCAGAGUUGAGUCAUUUUGAAAAGAAGAAAAUGUUUAAUUUGCUAAACAUGCAGCUAGUAGUGCAGCUAAAGGUGAUUCUAUAAAAUAACAGUUUUGGGGUGAGGAUGGGGGACUGAACACAUGGUGAGAAAGUACCAGGGAUAAAUAAAUAAAAAAUAAAAGCUAUGUAUCAUUUUCCCUCUGCUUUACAAUUAUUCACUUAAUUUAUACUGGUCUAUCACAUAUAAUUGUUUGUGGUUGUGACAAAAUAAGAUUUGAAAAGGGUCAAGCCCAUUGAAACCUUUGCAAAGCAUCGCAAAACCUUCAUCUCCUUCCACUAAUCGUGCUUCUUUACGGUCAGAUCCUAGCUAAUCAGGUGCUAUUUCCUCGUUUAUGACUCUAAAAGAACAUCAGCAUAGUUUUUGUCACAACGCCGUUAUUUGCUUUGACCUGUUAUGCAAAGGAAUCACUCUUUCCUCGUGUCCAAGAGAUGCGGUUUAAUCUAUUUUGUGAUAUUUUGCAUUAAACUGUAUCUGAGUUCAGCAGAUUUCAUAGUUAGCUUCUGUUGUUGUUCAUCAAUAAGUCAAGUAUAACUUUUUUUUUUUGUCAUAUUCUUGUAAGACACUGAAUUUUUGAAAAAUAAUCACACAAAAAAAGUCCACUGAGGACAAAGGGUUGAGAGUUUCCCAGAAUGUAUUCCCACUGGUUUUCGAAAGCCGCGCCACCGUCUCUAUCUUUUUUUUUCUCUUUCUGGCACAUUUCUGUCGCCGGGUCCAAACAAGCAAAUCUCUUGUCCACCGUUUCCGCUGUAUGAAACACUGUAACCGUGUAGGUCCUGUUGUCGAAGCUGCUGUGUGUCGAAGAUGUCAUUCAUGGGCAGCUACAGUGAUAUCAGACUGGGAGAGCACUCAUACUCACAGAUAUUUAUAUUCUGAAUGUUGAACCUUUUUAUUUUGGUUAACAGGAGAAAAAGGAUUUAUUAGAUUCAAUAAAAUGCAGUAAUACAAACCACAAGGUUUAAAGUCUGCGCUUCAUUUAUCCAUAGAGUGGGUCAGAAGUCACAUCGCUGGCAUGAAAUGCCACUUUAGUCACUUUUAUGAAGAAGAAUUGGUAAGUUUGAGCUUAUUAUAAAAUGUCCACAAAAAGUCAAAAUUGUACAUAAUCGGCAUGAAAAGUAUUUCUCCUUAUAGAUUUCUGUUUCCACUUAUUUGUUGCAUCUAAUUUUAGAUCAUAGUACAAUUUGUAUGCCAGGCACUGAUAACCUGAGCUUUUACAAAAAGCUGUUUUCAAAUAAUAGUUUGAGAAAAAAAA